GGGCCACGCCCGGGAAGAGCUUGAGCACGCUUUAGAUCUCUUAGUACAAAGUACGUGGAGUUAGAGUGCCGAAGACGGCCGAACUGUUGAGUGGGUACAUCGUGGCCGGAUACUGCACCGGUCUCCGCGGCUCACCAUGCCCGUCAGCCUCUUCCGGCGCCUCCUCCUGGCGAUCCUGCUGCUGGUGAUUCUCUGGACCCUCUUUGGACCCUCCGGCUUCGGGGAGGAGCUGCUGAGCCUGUCCCUGGCGUCCUUGCUUCCAGCCCCAGCCUCACCCGGGCCGCCCCUCGCCCUGCCCCGCCUCUUGAUUUCCAACCCCCAGGCCUGCGGUGGCCCCGGACCCCCUCCCUUCCUGCUCAUCCUGGUGUGUACGGCCCCGGAGCACCUGAACCAGAGGAAUGCCAUUCGAAGGUCUUGGGGCGCCAUCCGCAAGGCCCGGGGGUUCAGGGUGCAGACGCUCUUCCUCCUGGGAGAACCUACAGGACAGCACCUCGCAGCCGACCUGGCCUCGGAGUCGGCGGCGCAGAAGGACAUCUUGCAGGCCUCCUUCCAGGAUUCCUAUCGCAACCUCACUCUCAAGACCCUCAGUGGGCUGAACUGGAUGAAUAAAUACUGUCCUAUGGCCCGCUACAUCCUCAAGACAGACGACGACGUUUAUGUCAACGUCCAUGAGCUAGUGUCAGAGCUGAUCCAGAGAGGGGGUCCUUCAGAGCAGUGGCAGAAGGGCAAGGAGCCACAGGCAGAGACCACAGUUGCCCAUGAGGAGCACAAAGGCCAGGCGGUACCACUUCUGUAUUUAGGCCGAGUGCACUGGAGGGUACGCCCCACUCGGACCCCAAGGAACCGGCACCACGUGUCAGAAGAACUGUGGCCUGAAACCUGGGGUCCUUUCCCACCUUAUGCCUCGGGCACAGGGUACGUACUGUCUGCCUCUGCUGUGCAGCUCAUUCUGAAGGUGGCCAGCCGGGCACCCCUUCUACCUCUAGAGGAUGUCUUUGUGGGAGUUAGUGCAAGGCGAGGGGGCCUUGCCCCCACACACUGUGUCAAGUUGGCUGGCGCCACUCACUACCCACUGGACAGGUGUUGUUAUGGGAAAUUUCUGCUAACAUCCCACCAGGUCGAUCCCUGGAAAAUGCAGGAAGCGUGGAAGCUGGUGAACGGACGGGAUGGGAAAAGGACUGAGCCCUUUUGCUCCUGGCUCCAGGAAUUCCUGGGUGUCUUGAGGUGCCGGUUCAUAGCCUGGCUCAACAGCUGAGAAAGGCAGCUCCUCAGAGACCUGUGCCCCGGGAUCAGUGCCCAGGCUGCAGCUCCCUCCCUGCGGUGACCCAUCUCCUCACAGCAGACUCUGAAGCCACUAUCAGGCCUGUCCUGAGAGCACCAGAGACAGCAGAGGGGGUAAAACGCAGGAGGGGUGCCAGGGAGCUGCUGUCACCAGCUGGGACAGGAGCCCAAUAAACGUGUCUCCACCCCAA